UUUACAUUUAUAUUAAGGAAAAAAGCCUUCAAGGGGUAUGUCAGAAGUUAUAGAGCAUUUAUCUCUAAUUAUACAGAUCCUAGUAUUUUAUUUGAAAAUGUUAGACAUACUAUUUAUAAUAUUUUGACUAAUGAUGAUUUAAUUUCAAGGAUGAAAUUUUUAUUAAAUCUAAAGAUAAAAUUUAUAAAAUAUUCAGAAAAUGAAACUAUUACGUAUCAGGAUGUGUUUUUCUCCAGUCGAGUAGAACAUAUUUUAUCUCGGUAUAUGAUCGAUGAAAGGUUAACAAAUGCUUUUGAUACAAUUUUAAACUUCAUUGAUCAGUUUAUAAAAAACGGAUCAGGGUGGAUAAUUAAGGAAAUUAUAUUUUUAGAUAUUCAUUUAGGAAUUUAUAAGGCUGAGAGUGGUGGAUGUGGUAAUAUCAUCCUACCAAAACAUUUAAUUAAUAAGCGUUGUUUGUUGAAUAUUAAAUGUAGUGAUAAUCAAUGUUUUUUAUACUGCGUAAUUGCUAGUUUGUAUCCAAAUACUAACAACAAAAAUUCGAUUUAUUCGUACAGGAAAUUUUUGAAAUAUUUAAAUACAAAUACCCUAAAAUUUCCAGUAAAUAUUAAAAAUAUUCCAUCAUUUGAAAAAAAUAAUAGUUUAAAAAUUCAAGUAUUUGGAUAUGAAAAAAAAAUAAUUUAUCCUAUUUAUAUAAGUAAAUAUCAGUUCGAAAAAGAAAUUAAUUUGUUAUUAUAUAAAUCCCAUUAUUUUCUAAUUAGAAAUUUUAACAGACUAUUGUCAGAAAAAUCAGGAAUACGAAAAUUUUGUAAACGAUGUCUUAUAGGCUUUCAAAGAAGCCAUACUUUAAAUGAGCAUGUGAAAAUAUGUUCUAAUUAUAAAUAUCAGAAAGUUUCUACCCCGACUGGAGAAAGAGCGGUUGCUAAAUUUACUAAUUACGAGAAGCAAUUAUAUCACCCCAUAGUAAUUUAUGCUGAUUUUGAAUCGAUUCUAGAAGAAGUUGAUGUAAACGCUGUAGAUCUAAAUUCUAGUUUCACUAAAACUAUUCAGAUUCAUAAACCUAUAUGUUAUUCUAUCGUUAUUAUAGAAAAUGAUGAUGAUUUAUUCUAUUCUAAUUUUUAUUGUGGUAAAGAUGCUGUUAAGCAUUUUUUAUUUGAUAUCCAGAAUCAAUUAAAAUUUUUAUUAGAUAAAAUAAAUAGUUAUGUAGAAAUGAAUGUGGAUACUAUUCCCGAUAAUUACGAACAUCGGUGUCAUAUAUGUGAGGAGGGGUUUAAUUAUGAUGAUAUCAGAGUAAGAGAUCACGAUCACUUAACAGGUGAUUUUCGCGGAAUAGCUCAUAACCAUUGUAAUUUAAAUUAUAGAUUCAAAAAAUUUAUUCCUAUUAUACUACAUAAUUUUACAGGUUAUGACUCCCAUCUGAUUUUCAAAAAUAUUCCUCCUAAACUAUUUUCGAGAAUUCAGAUUAUCCCAGUUAAUUCAGAAAAAUUUACUACGUUUACUUUAGAUCAUUUCAAAUUUAUAGACAGUUUCCAAUUUUUAAAUUCUUCGCUAACUACUUUAACAGAAAAUUUAAAAAAUGCAAAUUAUAAUUUUCCUAUUUUUAAUCAAUUUUUCUAUAAUAACGAAAAUAAAAAUUUAUUAAAAAGGAAAGGAAUUUUCCCAUAUUCUUAUUUUAAAAAUGAGGAUAUUUUAUACGAGAAAUGUUUACCCCCAAAAAAAUAUUUUUAUAACGAAUUAUCUGGAGAAAAUAUUAGCGAUGAUGAUUAUGAUCAUGCAAAAUUAGUUUGGAAAAAAUUUCGUUGUAAAAAUUUUAAAGAUUAUUUAAAAUUAUAUCAAUAUGUUGACACUUUAUUACUAGCUGAUAUAUUCCAAAAUUUUAGAAAAUUAAGUUUAAAAUAUUAUAAUUUAGAUCCAGUAUAUUUCAUAACAGCUCCAGACUUAACAUGGAAUUGUGGAUUAAAAAUGACAAAAAUUCAACUCGAAUUAUUUAAAGAUAUUAAUAUGUACCUUUUUAUUGAACAAGCAAUUCGCGGCGGAAUUAGCCUAACUUCGAAAAGAUUCGCGAGGGCCAACAAUCCUCUAAUUCCAGAAACCUAUGAUAAAAAUCAACGACAUAACUAUAUUAUUUCGAUAGAUGCUAAUAAUCUCUACGGAUUUGUGAUGAGUUCUUAUUUACCUGUAAAUAAUUUCAGAUGGUUAUCUGAGGAUGAGAUAAAUGCUUUAGACAUUUGUAAUAUUCCCGAUAGGAAUAAUAUAGGCUAUAUUUUAGAGGUUGAUUUAAAUUAUCCACCAAAUGUUCAUGACCGCCAUAAUGACUUACCAUUAGCUCCUAAUCAUACAUAUAUUCCAUUCGAUUUAUUAUCAAAUUAUCAAAAAUCGGUAUUAACUAAAUUAAAUUUAAAAUAUAAUAAUAAUAAUAAGAAAUUAAUUCCAACUUUGUUUGAUAAACAAAAUUAUGUAAUUCAUUAUAGAAAUUUAAAAUUUUAUUUAGAAGAGGGUUUAAUAUUAACUAAAAUUCAUCGAGUGCUUGCAUUUAAUCAAGAACCAUGGCUUAGAGAUUAUGUAUUGUUUAAUAAUAAAAAACGGCAGGAAUCAACGAAUGAUUUCGAUAAAAGUUUUUUCAAGUUAAUGAACAACAGUUUUUUCGGUAAAACCUGUCAGAAUGUGAGAAAGCGUUUAAAUUUAAAAACAGCCAUGACUGAAAAUCAAUGUCGAAAGUAUUUAUCUCACUCAGCUCUCGAAAAUUUCCAAAUUAUUAAUGAUAAUCUCACGAUUUUUAAAAUGAAAAAAAUUAACUUAUGUUUGGAUAAACCGAUUUAUAUAGGAUUUUGUGUAUUAGAAUUAAGUAAAUUGCAUAUGUAUCAAAUAUUUUAUAAAAUAUUUAAAAAUAAAUAUGGUGAAAAUGUGAAUUUGUUAUAUACAGAUACUGAUUCACUAACACUUCAAAUUUAUACGAAUAAUUUAUAUAAUGACUUUAAAUCAUUUCCAGAUAUUUUUGAUUUCAGCAACUACCCUAACACACAUGAAUUAUUUGAUGUAACAAAUAAAAAUAAGCUUGGAUAUUUUAAAGACGAGACAGCGUCUAAACCUAUAAUAGAAUUUUGUUCAUUAAAACCGAAAAUGUAUUCGUAUAUUUUCGAUAAUCAAAAUAAAAAAACAGCUAAAGGAAUUAAAAAAUCUGUUGUUAAAACCUUUAACCACGAAAAAUAUAAAGAAGUUUUAUUUAAUACUGAGCUAUUAAGACAUCAGCAGUAUGGUAUUAAAAGUAAAAACCAUAUUGUAACAACAUAUCUUCAGAAUAAAAUAUCACUCUCCCCGUUUUACGACAAAAAAUUUAUUUCUGAUAAUGGUAUAGAUGUGAUAUCGUUCGGACAUUAUACUUUUUAUAUUUAAAUUCUUCCAGAUUCUCUGAUAUCAUCUCCCCCCCAAUACGGUUACAUAUUAUUGUACAAGAGGAAACGAAAUUCAAAAACUUGUUUAAUACAUGGUGUUUCGAGUAAAACAUAUCGUUGUUUAAAACAAGCUGUAAAUAAAGCUGGAUUAUUUAAAUUACCAAAUAAUAAGAAAUACUUUUGUAAAUUUUUUGUAUUGACUAACCAAAUAACUAUGAUGUUAUGUAAUAAUAAUUUUAUAAAAUGUAGUUGUUCUAACUGUAAUCGUACUUUUUAAAAAUGUUGUAACCAUGUUUAUAUAUAAUAAAACUAUAUCCUAAUACAGAGUUUUUUUUAUAGAAUUCAAACACAUUACACCACUCGAAUGGGAAAAGUUUUCGAGUUUACCGAUGGACGAAAAUAAUAUCAAACGUUUUAAAAACUAUAUUAAAUGGGGAAUUAUAAGCCAAAAAACUGAUUUAAGCAGAGACUUCAUUUCUGAAUUUGCUGAUAAUUUAAACUGGGAGCUAAUAUGGAAAAAUUAUAUAUUCACCACUACGUUUAUCGAAAAACAUAUUAAAUACGCUAAAUGGAAUAUAAUUUCCGAACACCAAUUAUUAGACGAAGAAUUCAUGGAUAAGUUUUCGGACUAUCUUAAUUGGGAUAAAAUAGCAAAAUUUCAACUUCUCUCCGAUAAUUUUAUUAAGAAAUAUAUUGAUAAAUUAAAUAUGAGAAUAGUUUUAAAAUAUCAGCGAUUAAAUACCGAUACUCUACGGGAAUUACAAGAUUUUCUCCACUGGGAUUUGGUUUCUCGUUAUCAAAUACUGAACGAAGAUUUUAUUCACGAUUUUAAAUACCAUCUUUUCUGGUGUUAUAUUAUUAAAUAUCAGAAACUAGAUCAUAAAUAUAUUGCUGAAAACUCUCACAGUUUGUUAGUCUACAUACUUCAGGAUAUUUGUAACAUUGCUGAUGAUAUA